AUCGGUGUUGGAAGCAGGUGGCAUGUGAUUCUUUUCUCGAAGUAUGGGAAAUAAUUAUAUUCGUAAAACAAACCGACAGAAAUGGUCUGAGGCCGACAUGCUUCAAGCUAUAGAUGCGGUGCGAGCUAAACGCAUGGGAUGGCUUAAAGCCACUAAAAUGUACAAUGUCCCAUUUGGGACUUUAAGACGCCGGGUAAAUAAUAUGAAUAAACGUGUUAAAGGUACCCAAAAAGGAAUGGGAACGAGCACGACAAUACCACUUGAAGCUGAGCAAGAAAUUGUUAAUCAUAUUCUUGAUUUAGAAUCAAGAUUAUUUGGUGUUACAGCUCUUGAAUUAAGACAGCUGGCCUUUAAAAUUGCAACUGAGAGAGGCUAUUCUCAUAAAUUUAAUACAGAAAAACAAUUGGCGGGGUGGGACUGGUUAAGUGGGUUUCGCCGAAGACAUCCGGAAAUAUCACUUAGAGCUCCAGAAGCGACGUCAGCAGCAAGAGCCAAAGGUUUUAAUAAAGUCCAGGUGAAGAAAUUUUUUGACUUACUCACUGACACCAUAACUAAUGAAAAUAUUCCUACUAGUAGAAUUUAUAACAUGGAUGAGUCUGCCUUGACAACAGUACAUAAGCCUCCAAGGGUAUUUGCCCGCAAAGGAAAAAAACAAGUAGGCGCUCUUACUAGUGGCGAAAGAGGCCAACAUGUAACAGUAGUGGCUUGUAUGAGUUCUGGUGGUCGUUUUAUUCCUCCAGCAUUAAUAUUUCCCAGGAAAAACUAUAAAGCUGAGUAUUUUGAUGGAUGCCCGCCUGAAACGUUAGGAUUGUGUUAUGAAACUGGAUAUAUGGUCUCAGAUCUUUUCAGUAAAUGGAUGGAUCAUUUCAUUAACCACGUGAAACCAUCAAAAGAAGAAAAAGUUCUACUAAUCGUGGAUGGACACAGCAGCCACAAAUCAUUAAAUGCUCUUGAAAAAGCCAAGGAACACGGCAUUGUUUUGUUAUGUUUACCAGCUCAUUGUACACAUCGGCUCCAACCGCUAGAUGUCCCAUUUUUUGGCCCUUUGGAAACUUAUUUCAAUGCAGCAUGUGCCCUUUGGAUGAAAAAUCAUGUGGGAAGAACAAUAACUUUAUACCAGAUAAGUGGAUUAUUUUGUGUUUAA